UAUGUCUAUCAGGCUUGUAGUCCAUGGCGUAGUUUUAUGGAAGCAAGAUUAGUUAUACACACUAGUGAUCUGUUUUAAAAUGUGUGAAAAAAAUGAGGUAGUCUCAUUCAGUGACUUCUGUUCACUUUGCUGGUGUUUUCCUAUCUAUUUUGCACCCUUGCCGUAAAUGGAAACUUGACGCUUUUCUUCUGCGAAAUUGCAGCGAAUAGUGAAAGCGAAAGUUUGUCGGGUGGGAGAGACUGGCGAAAGACAGACGCGGUUCGACAGACGUUGCUGGUCUCCUUUUUGCCGAAAAAAAAUAACAAAAAGAAGACGAAAGCCAGAACAAGGAGAAGCAAGGAUGAGAGGAACAACCACGACGAACGUCUGGUCCACGUCUACUGUCUUUCUGCUCGGCUACUUCGUUCACGCCUUUGGCAGUCACUCCUGUCCUGGGCUGGAGUGCUGGUAUUUGAACGAGAAAGUGGCUCGAGGAGAUCUGACGGCGCCCCCAAGCCAGGAGAAGUCCCUUCUUCACAUCAGGGCAGAAGGCCACCGUGCAGCCAGCCUCGAAGAUUUGGCCGACCCCAGCUUCCUGAGAGUCUAUGCUGUUGCCGAUCCGGCGGCGACUCUGUGCCACCGCUCACGCAAAGGUUCCUCCCGGAAGCCCCACUAUGAGCUCAGCCGCAUCCAGCCGCAGUUCUACACUCUCACAUGGGCCGCCUCUCUGGCAGAUGGGCUCAGCCCUUUAUACCUACAAGCCGAUUGGUUUUCUGCGGCUGUUCAGGACCUGGAGGGACGGCACGGCACGUCCAGCAUCCUGCGCGCGGACACCGGAACCAACGAGCUGGACGUGGUUCUCAGCGUGACCUCCAGCACGCUGGUGGUGCAGUCCAGACUUGGGGAGCCGGUGCUGCUGGACUGCCAGUUCUGGACUAACACCGCUUCGCCCCUCUGCGGCUCCGGCUUUGCCGUGGAGUGGCGCUACCAGUACCGAGGCGACGGCCGACUGCUUCUGGCUUACGACGGAAAAUCGGACCGGCUGUCUGACUCGCCGGAGGAAGGCGCCAUGUUGGACUUUGAGGGGCUGCACCGGAAGGGCAACGCGUCCCUGGUGCUGCAGGAAGCCCAAGUACACCACUCCGGAAUGUACAUCUGCAUGGUGUACCUGCCGCACCUUCUGGCGCAGGUUGCCAUUCAGCUGGAGAUUGCAGAACCUCCCUCCCUGUCCAUCCACCCGUCCUCGUUGCCCGUCAGCGCUCCCGGGCAGACUUUGACAGUCCAUUGCGAGGCCUCGGGCUUUGCCCCCCAUUCCCUGGAGCUCAACUGGGAGUGGAAAGGCCCCGAUGGCAAGACCAGGUCCUUGGGACCCGGUCGCCUCAGCGGUCACAGGCAGGCCUGGAACGGCACCUACAGCCAGGACACCCGUUUGGAGCUCGACACGUCUGAUCCGGAGCUGGUCGGCGGGGGGGAGCUCACCUGUGUCGCCGAGCAUCCCGGGGGUACGCGGCGUGCCAGCGUGGCCCUCAGAGUCAUCGGUUUCAGCACACCCUCCAUCGAAGACUCCAUGGUGAUGGUGGGCGUGGCCCUGGUACUCUACGGCCUCAUCAAGUUCGUCUCUUGGACCUUCCUCCCCACAGGUUCAACUGAUGCAGAGGAAACCGACAAGAAAGAGAAGUGAAGAGGCUUUGUGGCGUGACACUGGAAAAUCCAAACUCCGUCGUGUAUUUCAAUACAUUUGCCUUACUUUCCUUGUUACACCUUAUUGUCAUUGUGACAACCAACAAGACAUUGUUUUGUUAAAUACAAAAAUGAAAAAUGAAUCCAUUUCUGCUGGUCUCUGAUAUUAAUCGCAAACGUUGCUGUGUGUUUUGAGGAUUUUAAAUGUACAACAUCAAAGUAGAAUAACGUGUUUGAGUUGCUCCAGAAAGUUGCCAGGUUUGUUUAUUUUAUCGCAUACGUGUUUGUUUAUUGCGAUAUUGGUUUUAAUUUAAGGGUCAAGAAAAUAAAACAAGAUUCUGAACUCA